UGAUAUAUUUUUUAUAUGAUGGUCGCAAUCCCAAAAAAGACGAGAUAUGAAGGCCUUCGUUGCACUGUUACAGACUGUCCCGAGAGUGGCCAGCAAGACUGCAGUUCUAUGUUCAAGUUUCCCACUAAUCCGCAGGUAAGGCUGAAGUGGAUAGAAAAUCUGAGCCUGCCAAAGGACACUCAACUGUCGAAUCGCCGGGUGUGCCGGCGACACUUUGAACAACAUUGUUUCGGUAAUGCCAAACUGUUUGCCUGGGCUGUGCCAACUCUGUUUGUGGGCAAGACUGCGGGACUGCAUCAUGGCUCUGCAAAGAAGAGAAUGUUGGUGCGAAAGUGCUGCAUCAAGGAUUGCAUGACAAGAUCGCCACCCGACAGAUUGCACUGUUUCCCCACAGAGACGCAGUUGCGGAAAGAGUGGAUGAGGCUGUGCAGUCUUAAAGAUGGAAAAAAGUGGCCCUUCAUAUGCGGCCGACACUUUCGUCCGAGUUUGCUACCCAAAAAGAACAGCAAAUUGCCAAAGCAAGCCUUGCCCGAACUGAAUCUUGGAAGUGAAGCCAAAGAUCCUUUGGAAUGCGACUCACAGAGCAGCGAGUCUGAAGGUCAGGGAAUCGACGAGGGUGAUUCCAAAGGGACUGACGGAAGAGAGGCUGAAUCCUGUCCAAAUUGCCAAGCAAGCAAACGUAUCAGCACCGACUUGCAGCAGCAACUCGCUGCUGCGCGGCUUAGAAUAGAAGAACUUGAGCAGCGGCUUCAAUAUCACGCGUGCACCGAAGAGGAGGAAGAGUACAUUUUCAUGCUGAUGAAAUAAAUAGAGGAGAGUUCUGUGGAG